GUCCAAGACAAUGAAACUUGCUGCUUCUGUGAUCACUGAUCAGUCAUCAGUCUGUGUACAAUUUCCUGCGUUCAUAAUAUAUAACAGAAUAAGGCAGGUGGAAAAAUGCUGGCCAUAUCAAGGCAACAGGCUGGCAUGGACCGACGAAAACAACACUGGUAACAGGAUAUGAAUGGGCAUGCAGGAAUGGUGCAAAUUUAUGUCCGCUCCUGGAGCUUUUAUAUGUGUGCCGAGCAAGCAUAUAUACAUCUGCAGUACAAUUGGAGCAUCAACCCAAGACAGCAGCAAAAUGAUGAUAUCCACCAAGCAACGCCUCCUCACUCCCAUUCUCAUUCUCCUCAUUUGUUGUUACUCCAUAGUCACUGCAGCCAACAAUGACACAACCGUCCCUUGUCUCCCAGAGCAAGCUUCUUCCCUCCUACAGCUCAAAAAUUCCUUCAUCAAUAAUGCAAACUUAUCGUCAUGGCGAGCUGGAUCGGACUGCUGCCACUGGGAGGGCAUCACAUGUGGUAUGGCCUCCGGCAGGGUCAUUUCCCUUGACCUCAGUGAGUUGAACUUGAUGAGCAAUCGUCUCGAUGCUGCACUCUUUAACCUCACCUCUCUUACAAACCUUAACCUUGCUUCCAAUUACUUUUGGAGAGCCGAACUCCCAGUAUCUGGGUUUGAGAGGCUCACAGAUAUGAUCCACCUCAACUUCUCACACAGCAACUUUUAUGGUCAGAUCCCCAUUGGACUUGCUUGCCUCAUGAAACUUGUCACUCUUGACUUUUCUAGUAAUGAUGGGUUGUAUUUCGAUGAACCAAGUUUCCAAACCGUCAUGGCAAACAUGAGCAACCUGAGGGAGCUCCAUCUUGAUGAGAUAGAAAUUUUCGGAUCAACUUGGUCAGUUGUUUUAGCAGACAACAUUCCUCAACUCGAGAUUCUUAGCUUGUUUGCGUGCCGUAUAUCUGGUCCUAUUCACUCUUCCUUCUCAAGGCUUCGUUCCUUAAAGGCAAUUCUUUUGAAGGGCAGUUCCCAACAAAAAUCUUCCACCUAAAAAGUUUGAGAACGCUUGAUUUGUCUCAUAACCCCAAUCUUUCUAUUAACCUACCAGAAUUCCCUGAUGGAAA